AUGGCGGACACGCGGGUCGUGUGCUGCAUGUCAAAUAGGCAUAUCGGGACAUAUCCUGAUUCUCUGCCCACGCUUUUCGAAUCCGAGAAUAGCCUUCCAGACUCUCCUAUAUUGCUCCCUCUCAUUCUCAGAAACAACCUCGUAACAUUCAAAGCAGCACACUCAGCGCCAAGAUGUCUUCGGCACAACAAGAGUUCGACGAGCUGAUGCGGGAUAAAGAGCGAAGAACGAUGCACCCCGAAGACGACGAAGAUGGCCGCUCCUUCCUCAAUAUCUCCGACGACGAAGGGGACAGACCCAGACACAUCCGCUCCAACGACCACGAUCACGAUGAGGAGAUCACAGCAUCCAGACCCAGUCACAGCCGAACCCGAAGUGCUGCGACGAUUCCGUUCAAACGGUAUGAAGCCAACACCGGCCCGAAAGGCGUCAUCUCCGAUGCGCAGAAUUUCCGCGAUUCGAGACGGCAGCAUCGAGUGUCGAUGCGGAGUACAGCCACGCUGCCGUCGCAGCAGUAUGGCGGGUUGUCACAGUACGACAAGCCUGCGCUUAGGGAAAAGCUGCCCGAGUCAGGCGAGGAAGAGGACGGGGAUGAUGAUGACGAAGACUUGGACGAUGACUUCAUGAAACAAUGGCGCAGCAGUCGACUGCGGGAGAUGCAGAGUCACAAGGGCUCGAGAGACAGUAAGAUGCAUCUGCGUCAGCAGUCAAGUCGGAGGACAUGGGGUGGACUUGCGACGGUAGACGGAGACGGAUACCUAGACGCUCUUGACCGCUCAGGUCCGGACACAGUGGUGAUAGUGUACAUCUACGACGACGAGGUAAGCAUCCACCACGCGUAUCAUCCUCAUAAUCACGCUGAUGAACGUUCUUGUGAGCAGUCCGAAGUUAGCCACGCAAUCGAAGAAUGCAUCCGCGCCCUAGCGAAACGGCACAUAGACACUCGAUUCAUCAAGCUAAGUCACCUAGACGCGGAGAUGGAACCCGCUGGCGUGCCCGCGCUGUUGGCAUAUCGAGGUGGCGAGAAGUUUGCGGGUUUAGUGCCCAUUGUUGACGAGUUGCCGGAAGAUGCUGAGCUCAGCGAGCGGACGCUUGAGGCGGUGUUGCAAAGGCAUCAGACUCUGAGGUGAAGUCAGUGUCACGCUCGUCGAAUGAUAGACAGCAUGUACAGAUACGGGACCAUAUCAGAGCUU